CGACUGGCUCCCGGGUCUGAGGGGCUCCUGCUUGUCAGGUUCUAGCCCAGUUCUUUUGGCUAGACCUAUGGUCACUCCCGUGAGACUUCACUGCACACUUUCUCAAGUGUCUUCUUCAUCCUUAAUGUGUAAUUCCUCACCAUGGACCUGCUCCUUUAGCUAAGACAUGGCCAUCAAUGGUAGUAGUAAGAUAUGUGCUGACUAGCAGGCCCACUUGUGCGGUAUAGAGGACAAGUAGUACCUUACAAAAUGGGAUUUGGGAGUGACCUGAGGAACUCACAGGAAGCUGUGUUAAAGUUGCAAGACUGGGAAUUACGGUUGCUGGAAACAGUGAAGAAAUUUAUGGCUCUGAGAAUAAAAAGCGAUAAGGAAUAUGCGUAUACUUUACAGAAUCUUUGUAAUCAAGUUGAUAAAGAAAGUACCGUGCAGGUGAAUUAUGUCAGUAAUGUGUCCAAGUCUUGGCUACUGAUGAUUCAGCAGACGGAGCAGCUAAGUAGGAUAAUGAAGACCCAUGCUGAGGACCUGAACUCUGGGCCCUUGCACCGGCUCACCAUGAUGAUCAAGGACAAGCAGCAGGUGAAGAAGAGCUACGUAGGCAUUCACCAGCAGAUAGAGGCGGAGAUGAUCAAGGUCACAAAGACAGAAUUGGAGAAAUUAAAAUCCAGCUAUCGACAGUUAAUAAAAGAAAUGAAUUCUGCCAAAGAGAAAUAUAAAGAAGCCUUAGCCAAAGGGAAGGAGACAGAAAAGGCCAAGGAGCGCUAUGACAAAGCCACGAUGAAGCUCCACAUGCUGCACAAUCAGUAUGUGCUGGCCCUGAAGGGUGCCCAGCUCCAUCAGAGUCAGUACUAUGACACCACACUUCCUCUGCUGCUGGACUCUGUGCAGAAGAUGCAAGAAGAAAUGAUAAAGGCACUAAAAGGUAUAUUUGAUGAAUAUAGCCAGAUAACCAGUCUUGUUACAGAGGAAAUAGUGAAUGUUCAUAAAGAGAUUCAGAUGUCCGUCGAACAGAUAGACCCUAGCACAGAAUAUAAUAAUUUUAUAGAUGUUCACAGAACAACAGCUGCUAAAGAACAAGAAAUCGAAUUUGAUACUUCCUUAUUAGAAGAAAAUGAAAACCUCCAGGCAAAUGAGAUCAUGUGGAAUAAUUUAACUGCAGACAGUUUGCAAGUGAUGUUGAAGACUUUAGCAGAAGAGCUCACGCAGACACAGCAGAUGCUUUUACACAAGGAGGAGGCUGUCCUGGAGCUGGAGAAGAGGAUUGAAGAAUCUUCUGAGACCUGUGAAAAGAAGUCUGACAUUGUGCUUCUUCUGGGGCAAAAACAGGCACUUGAAGAGUUGAAACAGUCAGUCCAGCAGUUGAGAUGCACUGAGGCAAAGUGUGCAGCACAGAAAGAAUUAUUGGAGCAAAAAGUACAAGAAAAUGAUGGGAAAGAACCGCCUCCUGUGGUGAAUUACGAAGAAGAUGCGCGAUCGGUCACAUCAAUGGAACGAAAGGAGAGGCUAUCCAAAUUUGAAUCUAUUCGUCAUUCAAUUGCUGGAAUAAUUAGGUCUCCAAAAUCGGUACUGGGCUCAUCAGCACUCUCUGACAUGAUCUCUAUGAGUGAGAAGCCCCUGGCGGAACACGACUGGUACCAUGGUGCAAUCCCUAGGAUAGAGGCCCAAGAGCUUCUGAGGCAGCAAGGAGACUUCCUGGUACGCGAGAGCCAUGGGAAGCCUGGUGAAUAUGUCCUUUCCGUGUACUCAGAUGGCCAGAGGAGGCACUUCAUCAUCCAGUUUGUCGAUAAUCUGUAUCGAUUUGAGGGCACGGGGUUUUCAAAUAUCCCUCAGCUUAUAGAUCACCACUUCUCAACAAAACAAGUCAUCACCAAGAAGUCUGGGGUGGUUCUUCUCAAUCCUAUUCCUAAGGAUAAGAAAUGGAUUCUCAAUCAUGAAGAUGUUUCAUUGGGAGCACUACUGGGAAAGGGGAAUUUUGGUGAAGUAUAUAAGGGCACACUGAAGGAUAAAACCGCUGUCGCUGUUAAAACAUGCAAGGAAGAUCUUCCUCAGGAACUAAAAAUAAAGUUUCUACAGGAAGCCAAAAUUCUCAAGCAAUAUGAUCACCCCAAUAUUGUCAAACUUAUAGGCGUGUGCACACAAAGACAGCCUGUCUACAUCAUUAUGGAACUGGUCCCAGGAGGUGAUUUCCUGUCCUUUCUGAGGAAGAGGAAGGAUGAACUGAAGCUCAAGCAGCUCGUGAGGUUUUCCUUGGAUGUCGCUGCUGGCAUGUUGUAUCUGGAGAGCAAAAACUGUAUACACAGGGACCUGGCUGCAAGAAACUGCCUGGUAGGUGAAAAUAAUAUUCUGAAAAUCAGUGAUUUUGGAAUGUCUCGGCAAGAAGACGGCGGAGUAUAUUCAUCUUCUGGCUUGAAGCAGAUUCCGAUUAAAUGGACAGCACCCGAGGCUCUUAAUUAUGGGAGAUACAGCUCUGAAAGUGACGUGUGGAGUUUUGGCGUCCUCCUGUGGGAGACCUUCAGCCUCGGAGUCUGUCCGUACCCUGGAAUGACGAACCAGCAGGCCCGGGAACAGGUGGAAAGAGGAUACCGGAUGUCGGCCCCACAGAACUGUCCAGAAGAGAUUUUUAAAAUCAUGAUGAAGUGUUGGGAUUAUAAGCCUGAGAACCGCCCUAAAUUCAGCGACCUUCACAAAGAGCUCACUGCCAUCAAGAAGAAAAUCACAUAGUGCCAGCAAGGGCCAGAUUCCACCUAUGGGACUCUGUCCUCAGCCACCCUGACUUUAUACCACCUUACUACAGCCAUCUUUGAAGGUUAUGUUUUUUAUUAACUGGGUUUUUAAAAGUCUGUUCCACUUUAAAUAUGUUAAAGGCAAAUUUAUUCAAAAAUAAACAGUCCUACCCAGGGCCGUCUUAGCUAACCACAGAACCCUACUGUUUGAGGCCACUGCCCAGAGAAAAGCACAGGCCUAACUGAGAAGAUAAAAGGCCCGUGUUUUCCUGCCUAGGACCAUUGAUGUCCCUCCAAGGUCUUCUCCUUGAGGCACAGCCCAUGGGCUUCUGCCGCAGGCCCUCCUCAGUCGGUGCUAUAAACAGCGUUGGUAGCGCACGCUCGCAGGAUGCCUUCCCACCACAGUGGGCUUUCUCCUCUGCCAAGGCAAGAUUGUAUCUAUAAAUAUAAUCAUAUAUUGGGAAUUACUUGGACCUCCUAGGGUUUUUCUUUUCUUUCCUGUCAGAACAAGCCCAGUGAGAACAUCCCACCCCUGUGUUAUUUUGUCUUUUACCUCCUCAGUCUAGGCUGCAGAAAGUAGUGCGUGGAAAAUUCCCAGAGAGCACACAGGAUGGAGGCAGCUGCUUCUGCAGGAGACUGCAGAAGACAGGGAUGGCAAGAGACAUGUGUGACCAGGAUGGCAGGCUGGGAAAAUAGCAACUAGCCGGUGCUCAACAGGGAGAAGACAAAACAGCCGGCCUUCCUUCCAGAUUUGCACCUUUAUAAUACACUGUGUCUGUGGUCUGAAUUUCCUAACAAGGUCUAAGAAAUGUUUCAGGAGCUCCUAGACUCCAGUGGAAGCUUUCUUAGAGAUACUGAAGUCCACGGAAGGAGAAGCAUAAUAAUAACCGUGUCUUCAUCCUAGGGGACAGUCCCAGAAUGGAGUUCCUUUUCUUUGUACCAGUUUCUGAACCUUCAGAACCCAUGGUUCAUAUGCACAGACACCUACUGAAGAGUACUGUGGCUAGGAAUGAAAUAGAUGGGUCAGAAAUCAAGGACUUUUAAUGAAGAAAAGCCCUAGGGAUGCCCACACUUCCGUCUCCUCUUUGCCCUAAAGGCAGUGCCGGGAAACCUUCCUGAUAGCUCACAGGUAUGCAAGCAGGCUCAUCAUUAAAGGUGUCUCUGGCCUAUCAAGUAUACAGCAGUUAAAACUAGGAUUUGGUUGAACUGAAUCUCAGCUGUGUCCAGGGAACUGCCCCAUGAUCUAUCCACAGUUGUCUCAGGAUCAGUGUGUCUGGGAGGUGCUCUCACUCAGGGGAAGAUGUGGUGCAGAAGUCUUCACUAAGCCCUCACCUUAGGGGUUCCUUGGCCUGUGUUGAAGAGCUUGUGAGAUGAGAAGUCUCUCCCUUCCCUUCCGGGCAGCGUAGAGCGUAGAGCAGACUCUAACUUCCAGAGGAGACCACUGCAGAGGAGUGUGACCAUACCCGUCAUUCCAGCCUCCUCACUCACUUUCUACACAUUUAAAACUCAUACACGCAGACUAGAGUAAAGGCCGUGUGCGCCUGCCCACAGCAGUACACUGCAGACUAGAGUAGAGGCCAUGUGCGGCUGCCCACAGCAGUACACUGCAGACUAGAGUAGAGGCCAUGUGCGGCUGCCCACAGAAGUACACUGCCCCACACAGAGCAGGCCUGGCACAGCACGGCGCUCCCACAGGUCAGACACUGCUAAAGCAGAGCUAGCUUUUAAUGGCACCCACCAUGGAAACCCAAGCACAGAGUCCAGAAUUCAGAGUUGGCGAUGUGCUCUCCAGGCCUAUGCCGGCCCUCAGAAGGAGAUAAGAUGUUCCCUUUCAGGAUUUCCAAGUCAAUCUGCCUAUAAUACAAUGUUUGUCUGUGAAAAAGAAAGAAGCAUCUCUCAGCAUUGCUCUCCCAGCCAGGGAAAGGAGACUGGCUUGGCUCUAACUCUGUGAACAAGACCAGAAGCUUAAUCCUUGCAUUCUGCUGGAAAGAGAACAUGGAGUUGAUAAUUUCACUCAUCUAGGCUGUUGGGAUUUGCAAUUCACAUCAUAACUCUUUGCUUAAAUUAAAAAAGCUUUUCAAAACAUCUUGACAUCUGCAGCAUUUAAAUUCUAUUUUAUUCUUUGUUCCAGAACAGGCAGAGGUACAGUUUAAGAUUAACUCAUUGGGAGCCUUUCAGGAUCAUGUCAGUCGUAUAGAAUAUUAAACUUAACAUAGGCACAUGCAUUAAGAAAAGCUUAUGCAAAACAUUCUUACUGUUAAUUUUGUUAUGCUGGAAGCAUAAUUUAUUCAUCCCUUCUGUCACUGAUAAUUAUUGGAAUUAUGUACUUUAGGAGGCUAAUCCAUACCCAAAAAGUGCACAUAUAAAUACAGUUCUGAUUUGCAAGUUGAUUUAGGGAAAAGAGGCUGUAGACAUGCACAAAAUUCUAGGAUUUGUCUCGUUAAAUAAUAAUAGUAAACAAUGCUGCCCAAAAUUUCCACUAGUGUGGAUACGCUUGAGCAUGGCCACAAGCCUUUAUUUUACUAAUGGAUUAUCCAAGAGUUGCUGAUAGCCCUGCUCAUAGCUACACUCGGCACUCCCUCAGUGUGGCCGUCAGGGCAUGAAGGAGAAGGCCGUAAACCCGAGCAGGCUGACUUUCCGUCUGCCGUUUCCUACCUUGAAUCACAAGAAGCCUUCAUUAGAAACGAGUGGUUCACUGUUUUUUAAAGAAGGGAACUUUUCUGCCAUCCUUGUAUGUCCUGUGUGACCUAAGCUUUUUUCUCAAAGCCACUUUUUUUUUUUAGGAAAACCAUAAGAGAUUGUGACGCUUUCUUUCAGCCCCUCCCGCUACAAGGUCCUCAGGGACAUGUGCCAUGUGAUUUCUUCCUCCUUUUUCCAAGACAACACGGACAGUAGAGUUAGUUCCCCGUCACAGCGGGCACCUCACAGACAUCAGUACAGCCCGGAGUCAGCAGUGGGCAUCUCACAGGCGGUUCCACCGCAUGGUUGUUUGGGAAACAGAAUUUCUUAUAACUGAGAUUGUAUUAGUUUCCUUCUGAGCCCCAUUUCUGUUUCGUAGCCCCCCUGACCAGCUCUACAGUGCUGGGACCAAGACUGUUGUUAAGCAAGCAUUUUGGUUGCAAUAUGUGCUGCACCCUGGGACUCAGGGAGCGAGCAAACCGGCUGCAGGCACAGAUCUGUGGAGUGUGUCAUGGUCAGAGGAGUGUGAGGCAUAGCCCUUCAUGGUCCAUGCUGUCAUCCUAAUGUACCGUGUGUCCUUGAGGCAAGAGAGUGACAUCUGAAAGGGGCUGUCGGCCUGAGCCUUCUUCCUCCUGUCACGCCGUCGACAUCCUCCAUGCCUCUUGAUAGCAGGUGCGAUUGUCACAGAAGAUCCAAGCCCUCAUACAAACUAGCACCAGAACUGAAAGAGCUGCAGAGAUGCUUUAUGUGCCAUUAUCAUCAGUAGAGGGGAUCAAAGCUUUCAUAUGACAUGAAAUCCAUCUUAAAGCGGCAUGAGAGUUUACUAUUAAAAUUAUUACCUCUUAUUAACUGAUUUACUCUAAAUAUCACGAUUUUAAAUUAGAUUUUUUUUUUACAUUAUAUUUUUCUGGACUUACUAGUUUCGUGUCAAGUGUGACUGUGUACUAUGUAUCACUCAUUUCUGUAUAAGAAACUGAUUGAAAAGCGAGCAAGCUCACCCUGCAAGGAGUUACUGAUACAGACUUAAGCUCCCGUAAAAUGUCCCUUUGAAAGUCAUAUUCUGAUACAGAUGGUCAAUCAACUAUAUAUAUCACUGCCCUAAGUCAGUUUGAGAAAUGUACUGUCACCCCCACAAACCACCCCACUGCCCUCUACUAAUUCAAAGAUUAAAUUCAGGACUGGCAUUAGAACCACUCUAUCCUGACAGGCAUGAAGAUUCUGGGACAGCAGGGGAAAACCUGCUAUGACAUUCUUCAUUCCUUUUCAGUGCCCAAGAGCAAUGAGCAGGGCGCAGCAGGUCUGCCAGUGAGCUGCCUAGGCAUGCAGGGAGGCAAAACAGAAAAGAACCAGUUCCCUGGAGCAGCGGGAGAAAGUGGACGAGACUGAUAAUACCCCUUGAAGCCUGAGGAAACCACCAGGUGUCAAACCAUUCCCACAAAACCCAGAACAGAUCAACAGCCCCAAAGCUGCAAAAGAGCCAGGGCCACUCCCUGCAGCAGGAACUGCUUGGCGUGCCGCCCAGAGCUGACACUGGGCCAGGUGACAUUCCAAGUGGUCCCCUGUGCUGGGUCCUGAGGGACAGGAGCCAAAGCCUCUACAUUUGUACUAGUUAUCAAUGCUCAAACAUCCGUGGCGAAGGCCACGGGUUCUUCACAUCUUAUUAGAUAGCUUUUUUAUGCAGUAGAAGCUAAUUCCUAAAUGAGAACAUGCUCACGUCAUCUUGUGACACCUUUGACCACUAGUAAGUAACUCCGUGGUUCCUGGAGUUUCCUGCUAUACUAUGCUAUAUGAAGGGAAACAAAGCAGCCAGGGAAGCUGGAAAAGUACCUUUGUUUUGUUGACUUUACACUAGUAACAAUUAAGGGAAGGAGAAAAAUAAAAACAUUCUGAGGCCAAGCACAGUGCAGUGGGGUAAGGGAGUGAGCAUCCAGCAAAGGCAUCUGGGAAGACAGAGGGCAGUGAAAACAUCAGAGAGACCCACUGAAAUGCCCAGAGACCAGGCAGCAGGGAACCCGCCUCCUAAUGGACAGUCCCAAACAUAACACCCCUUCAGCCUCUAGAACUGUUUCUCCAAGGGCUUCAGUAGACUCUCUGGUCUGUCUUAUGCCCCAGCCCCACCCCCAGGUCUCAGGAAGUAGCUGCUUUCCCUGCAAAGCUACAGAGGUGGGCGUUGAGCCCAUUUUCUAAGCAUGGGGAAUCUGAGUUACAGCACAUACAGCUCAGUGUGGGGUCUACAGGAAACUGUCAGAUGUCUCUGGGUUUCACUUUAGUAAAAGAAAACUGUAACACGGCAGGUUUAGCUUCCUUACUUGUAAGAAUCCUCAAGCAGGAAUAUCUACUGAGAUCUCUCAUUGAACUUCAGGAUUAUGUGCCCAAACAUCUGUUUAGCCAGUAAGAUGCAGGUGUUCCACAGAGGCCUGGAGUGCCGGGCGACAGCAAAAGACCUGCCACGGAGUGUUUUCCCUCCCUCCUGCCAUGCCAGGCCCAGGAAGGCUAAGAGCUGCAGCUUUCAGUACUCGGUUUUGACUGCUGGCUACUAUCCUUCCUCAUCUUCGGCUUUGCAAUGUUUCUCUUUACCAGAACAGAGAAGCCUUAAUUGUUGGUUUAUAAACCCAAGAGUUCUCAGGGCUUCCCUGCCUUACAGGAAGUGCAGGCCUCUUUUGACAAGGCCAAGCACACAGUGAGCCUAUGAGAGGAGGCGACCUGUGGAGAUGGCAUCUUUAGGCGGCAGGUAUGCUGUAUGAGCAGCCUUAUCGGCAAAGGCUUGGGAACUUUUUCUAAGGACAUUAAGUCCACUGUGGGCAUGUCCAGUUUCCUUAUUGUCUUGAGCUAGCAAGCUGACUCCCUGCCCCCAAAGAAAUAGUGGGACAGAAUACUCCACAGCAAUGCCCUGAACAUCCACACGCUACUCCAGGCUAAUUCUCUUGGUGUCCUCUAAAUCCUCUUAAGAGCAAUAGCUAAGUUAUUCAAGUUACAUCAUGUUAAGUGGUCUUCCAAAGCUUCAACUAAGAGGGCACGGUGAGGGUUCAGAGUAAGCCAGUAUGCCUUACUAGAUACCCCAGAACACUGUACGAAGACAUCAGUUCUCCUCGUAGCUGCCCAGAGUACCUCCUUUCCUGUCUGUUAGGGAUUUCUAUAGCAUCAGAUAAGUAGGCUGUAAAUGCCACCCAGCAGAUGCUAGACUGGCCCCGUAAGAAGCCAGGUGUCUGCCUGUAACCCAACAGAACCCCAUAAGAGACACGCCUCAGUCACCUGUGAGCGUAGCAAGAACCCAAGAAUGAAAAGAGAAGUUGCCCGUGAAGUCCCCAUUCCUAUUUUCCUCAUGGGGCACUUGUCAAAUCACCCUGAGGUGUUCGAGUUUCCUGACAAUCACUGCAGGGCAGUGAGCCCCUGUGUUCAAACCCUUAGGGGCUAAGAGGACUCAGAUAGCUGUUGUUACUGAUACUCUGUGUUGGCUCACCAUUCCAUGCCUUUUCUUUUCUAAGGGAUUUCCUCUUACAAAGAAUUUGGUGGGGAAAACUUGCUUGCCAGCUCCUCAGAUAAUGCUGUACUUGUUAGCGUGUAUAAACACAGUAGCAGGCACCCAGCUUGAUCCUCACCCAGAGCACAGAGGGCUGUGGUAAAUCAGCCACGGGGUGCUGCGGGGCCUGUCCCAUGCUAGCUGUGAUCGCUCUCCUUUAACAGCAAUCAGAAGAGCAACACGAAGCUCAGCACAGUUCCACCGUGAGAGAAUUUCCCAUCACUCCUCAGACCCUGGGCCUCGCAUAGACACAGUACCCAGGAUGUGGACACAUCCCAAAGGAGCUCGCUUUUUAUUUACUGUCAAUGGGAUGGUUUCCUCCAGCUUCAACAGGCUACUAUAGGUAAGCUUCACAACCAAGUGGCUCUGAGCAUCAAAUCAAACAUAAAAGAAGCUCAUUUAGUUCAAAUUCAGGGUCAGAGUGGCCAGAGACACAAAACACCCUUUGUCUGCUGGAAUUUCACUUCAUUAACACAGUGUCUGUUGCUCCGCUGUCCUUGUGGGCACAGUUCUUGUGGAACAGCUUCAUCCUCCUUCAUAGACCACCAAGACUGCCUGCCAAAUCAGCUUCUUGUGUCAAACACCUCUAGAUGUUUAACUGCCCAUAGGUUUUAGGUUUGUGUUUCAGUGUGUAAAGGAUUGAGCAACUGGGGACAGCGGAGAUGAAUGCUGUUGACAUUGAGCCAUAGUUUGUGUCUGAGUUUUUUAGUCUGAUCCGAGUGCUUUGGUAAGUUCUCUAGAAUUCCAGAAUUCUCCAAAAGCAUAACUAUGCAACCACAUCAAGUUUAAAGAGAAUACAAGAGAAUGAAAGUUAGCAUCAGAGACACACAAAUACUCUGACUUCUUCAGGAAUCCAAGCAAACUGAGCACAAAAAGAAAACCCAUCACACUCAAUGGGUGCCCAGGCCAUGCAACUACUGUGGGCUUUCAACCUCCUCCCCCAUUUUCCCAGCACAGGAGCACAGAGAGCAGGAGCAGAAAUACAGUUUCCUGAGUUGCGUUCUCUGCUUGUUACUUGGAGAUGAACUCAGUGUUGAGAGAGCAGGGCUGCCCUCAGCUACCUGCUGUCUAAGUGUCCCAUCUGCAAGCGUCAUUGUGAACCAAGCACCCCUGCCUUGUGGUCGGUUCGCAGUUUUCUUGGGUGCCAGUGUAUGGCCAUUUUAAUACCAGGUUAAAGCACCUUUAAUCUCUUUUUUGUUUAAAAAUAAUAUAUUUGUGAAGUGGAUAAAAGAAACACUGGAAAUAGGGUGCUUCUGAAAAUAUCAAGUAUAAAACAUGUUCAGGGUCCACAGUGGCUUUUCUGGCUUUGUAAACAAUUCUGAAAGUGGACGACAGCCACGCUUAUAGCAGUUGGUUGUCUGCCUUUGGUUGUUUGUAUCUCUGAUCUGUCUUUAACAUGUAUUUAUUUGUUACAUUUUGCAUUCAGAAGAAAUACACUUUGAAUUUUGGCUAACAUUACAGAAUGUUCUGAAAAUUGCCUUCUACAGUUUUAAAAACAGACUCACCAUUUUUGUAAAGUUGGGCCAUUUUGGGGGGAUAGCCUUCUUUUCUCCUGCCAGAGACCAGUUCCCAUCCAUUGGUCUGCAGGGCCUUUUCACUGUGUUCUUGUAAUAAUGUAAAAUAUU